UAUAUGGGGAUAGCAAUGGUUAUCUGAGUACGUAAAUAGGAAGGCCAUUUUCCAUUCUCCAUUUACUUGAAAGUCGAAAACAAAAGCAGAAGAGUUGUGAAGUAGAGAGAAAGAGAGAGAAAUGGGAAAGAAGGCGUUGCUGAUCGGUUGCAAUUACCCUGGAACCACAGUAGAGCUCCAAGGUUGCGUCAACGACGUCAACCAGAUUAGAAAAUGCCUUGUUGCUCGCUUUGGUUUCUCUGAUGAUGACAUCACCGUUCUCACCGACACUGACGAUUCCUACACUAAACCAACCGGAAUAAACAUAUACAAUGCAUUUACUCGCCUUGUCGCAUCAGCCGAACCCGGCGACGUCCUCUUCAUCCACUACAGUGGUCACGGCACUCGCUUUCCACUCGGAACUGGUGAAGAUGAUGAAACUGGCUAUGACGAGUGCUUGGUGCCUUGCGACAUGAACUUCAUAUUUGAUGACGACUUAAGGGAGAUUAUAGACCAAGUUCCAGAAGGUUGCCGCAUCACAAUCGUAACGGAUUCAUGCCACAGCGGUGGUCUGAUAGAUGGAGCUAAAGAACAGAUAGGCGACAGCGCAAAGCAUCAUCAUGGCUAUAGCUAUGGCUAUGUCGAUGGUGGACCCAGCGUUCAGCACUCUAUGGAAGUUGCAUUCAAGUCUCGCGGAAUCCAGUUCCCAUCUGAGUUCCGCCACUAUAAUCAUUGGCGAGAACAAGAGGAAGAGAAAAAUGAGAAAGAGAUUAAUGGAUAUUGGAGGCAUGGCCAUGUGAAGAACAGAGCUUUGCCACUCCCUAGUCUCAUAGCGAUACUGAAUGAGAAAAAGGGAAAAGACAAGAAUGAGGUUGAUGUUGGAAAUCUGAGGUCGACCCUGUUCAAAACCUUUGGAGACGAAGUCAGUCCUAAGGUGAAGAAGUUCAUGAACGAGGACAAGAACAAAAACAAAGCCCAGCUCAACGCCAACGUUGAAGGAGAAAAUGGAGGCAGCAAAGGAUACUCGUCCCAGGGUUUGGUGGGAAGCAAAGCUCAAGAGUUUCUAAAACUGCAACGGAAGCUUGAGAGGGCUGAGUAUACAAAAAAAGUUGCAUUAACAGCACAAGCCGUGGCCGAUAUUGGCAACCAAAAGGCUUACAAUAACGGAGCAAUAUCAUCAUCAAAGCGUGGACUUCCUAAAGGUGGGAUUCUGAUUAGUGGUUGCCAAACAGACCAAAUUUCUGGGGAUGUAAUUCCAUCAGGAAAAGAUGCUGCUCCUCAUGGAGCUUUUAGCCAUGCAAUCCUCACCAUUAUUGCUGACUCAGAUGGUCAUGAUAUUACCAACAGGGAACUUGUUUUGAAGGCUAGGAAAUUGCUCAAGACCGAUGGUUUCGCUCAGCAACCUGGCCUCUAUUGCAAUGAUGAUGAUGUCGAUGCUCCUUUUCUCUCUGCUGCCCAUCUCUGAUACUACUUUUUGUCUAUUUUGUAUGUUUCUUUU